GUGCAGCUGUACAUGCAACAUGACGCCAGGUGUAGUGGCCUCGUCUUCAAGUAUUAUGGUGAUGCUGGAAGUGGAAGUGGAACCUUCCCCCAAGGACGGACUAAAGUCCGACCUGGGUCCAUGGCAUGCCCUUCCCCACCUCUAAGCGCCAAAACAGCGCCAGCAGCCACACGUCUCGAGUCGCCGCCAGCGCCUGCGCCCUUGACCUUGAGUGGCAUGGGCAGGGUAGCUAUCACCCGGAGCAACCUAACUACACCAGCGAAAUCAUGCUUCAGCAGAGUGAAGACAACACAGACGACUGCUUUGCCAACCUCGUUGGGAUCGACACCGGACGCGGCUUUCUCCACUGCGCCGCCUGUCACAACUGGACAGAGCUUAAACUUCGCCUGCAGGGAUUUUGGCGGUCGCGUGGUUCAAGCGUCGAACUCAGCUCCUUCUUUGCAGCAGAUUGGCUGUUGUGUUGCCGAUUCGCUCAAGCGGACCAGUGAAAACGACGAGCACAAAAGUACAGCACCUCGAAGAAAGAUUCCGCACACUGUGCCACGAGAUAGCUAUUUGAAGGGCGACGUCAGUCCCGGAGUUGCGGAGCCUUAUGCGCAGCCUUCGGCCACCACGACUCCGCAAAGCUCAGAUAUGUAUCCUGUCGAUCUGAUGAAACUACCAACGAAAGAUGACGUGGUUGACAAGGCUCAAACAACGAUUGGAGCGAUUCUGGUCCGCACGAAUGCUCGCAUAAUGGAACGCCGUAGGCGGCUUGGGGUCCGUCAUGAACGAAGAAAGACGAACCGCCCAGAACCGGAAGGAGGUCAAUGUAGCCCUUCGAGUCUAAUGGCUGACAAGGAAUGCCAAGACGAAUUUGUCGCAGCUCUCCGCACCGCGAUCACGGAUCUCUUAGUGAAGCAUGUGAGGUCGGACGAAAAGGCAAUUGCAUGCUCGUCGAGCGAGUCUGUCCUCCAGCACUACGGUGGCGAAGAUAAAGCACUACCUCAUCUUUCAGCACUAGCUGGCCUCGCAAUGGAUGCUUUAAAACAGGGCCUUGAUCCCAGCUUGAUCAGACGGAAGCGCAUGUUUAUCGAAACGCAGCGACCUCUAACGAAAAAGGUUCUUCCUUGGAAGGAAGAAACGCAGAGCUUUCGAAUAGAAAAGGGACUUGGCAUCGGAGAGGCGAGUGCGUAUAAGGCCAAGCCCAUGAAUAUAAUCUUCGAAGACAUGCUCGGAUUCGCGAAUGCGUUUGAAGGAUGGGCUGUUUUUGAUAAUGCACGGCGUACCAGCGACCCAUACAUGAAAAGAUGGGAGGGUCUUCGAGCGGCUGUUGGCUUCGAUCGUUUUGGGCGUAUUCCUGGUCCAGACGACGACUUGCUACCCGAGGCUUUCGGACUGAUAGACAACGCUGAGUGCGCUCCUUCAUCUUCCGUUACCGGCGAGGAAGAACUCAGGAGUCACAAAAUGUCCAAGAAGAAAAAUUGUAGCGGAAUCCGCUGUCCCCGCACAGAUUUCGGCGAUUCAAUUCUUUCACUUCAUGCACAUGCUUCGCUCAUGGUUCGCGCUCAAUUUAAUGACGGCACACUCCGGCGUCGUAUCGCUGAGAUGGCUUUGCUUUGGCUACGCCGAAGCACUGAGGCCAGAGCCAGGCAGAAAAUGGAUUCUAGAGAGAGGCUUGAGGGAGAAAGCGCGGCGCUUUCUGAGAAGCUUGACGAGAUCAGACUGGAACUGCGGACGCAAUACGGUUUUUCCGAUGAGUCGACACAUGCUGUGCCUUUGGGAAACCCUACCGGUUUUCUGCCGCGGAUUCGUAAUGCAGACCACCUGUUGAUGGCGUCGGUACUCUACAAACUCUGCUAUGACUGGGUCAAAGAUGCCAUGGACGCGAUACAUCGAGGCGCAUGGACUUGGGGCUCUUUCAAGUCAGCAGAGAUGGGCAAAGAUUUCAUUCCGGGAUGUACAGUAUACAUGACGACUCUGUUGCGAGCACCUUUUGAUC